CUUGUCGACUCUCUGUAAUCAGUCGCAUUCUGGACGUCGUAGAGAAAUGAUUCGUUUAGAAUUACGGUAUUUCAGUCUCAAUAAAAUUUUAUUGCUUAUUCUCGGUUUGUGGCCCUAUCAACAAUCUACAUUUACACGAUUUCAAUUUCUUUUUUUCUCUAUUAUUUUGACAUCGGGUAUUGUAUUUCAGCUGACACCGUUAAUGACAUCAACGUAUACUUUAAAUUUCGUCAACAAGGUUCUGUCUUCCGUAUCUUUCUGUACUUUUUCUUCAGUAAAAUGCAAUUUAUUCUGGAUUAACAUUGAAAACAUGAAGGAUCUACUGAUGCAGCUUCAGCGUGUACAUAAUCAAUUAAAAGAUAAAAAUGAAGUUGCUAUUGUAGAAGGAUAUAAUUGCACUGCAAGACGGUGUACGAUUGUACUUACAAUAUUUAUCGCUUGCAUCCCGUUUACCUUUAUUAUCAGCCAAUAUUGGUACGUAAUCGGUGACUUACCAAAAAACGUAUCUCGACUACGUCGUUUGCCAAUCGUGACGGAGUACUUUAUCGAUCAAGAAAAAUAUUUCAAUUUAAUUUUGUUGCAUAUUUUCGCAAUAAUUUGUACCGGAACGAUUGCGAUAUUAGCAACAGGGACAAUGUUUAUCGAGUAUCUUCUGCAUACAUGUGGACUGUUUAAAAUUGCUUGUUAUCGUAUUGAGCAUGCAAUUAAUAUUCAUAUGCGACAAAAUAAUAUUACACAGAAAAAUAAGAUUUGGAUGACUAAUGACAUAGUUUAUGCCGUCGACAUUCAUCGGACAGCUAUGAAAUUGUCCACGCAUUUAACUUCCACAAUUGAGACAAUGAUGUUUCUUUUAAUUGCAAAUGCUGUGACAUGCACAACUCUAAAUAUGUUACAAAUUUUUCAGAUAAUUUCGUCUAAAAACUUCGAGGAAUUGUUCUUGCCGACUGUAAAUAUAAUGGUCAUCCUUGUAUACAUGUUUGUAGGCAACUACAUCGGACAGCUUGUAAUAGAUCACAAUAGUCACGUAUUUUUCACUGCGUACAACGUUCAGUGGUACAAAGCCCCGUUACAUGUACAAAGGAUGAUAUUAUUUUUAAUACAAAAAGAAUCCAAAAAGUUUACUUUGACUGUUGGUGGACUAAUUACUGCAUCUAUGGAGUGUUUUGCCAUGUUAAUAAAAGCCUCAGUAUCUUACUUCACUGUUAUAUAUUCUAUGCAGUAACGAACCUAAUAUAAAUUUAACGAUAUCAUGAUAAGAGUUAGUGAAGAAAUGACAGUACUCACGUUUGGAAAAUAGAGAGAUUAAUUUUUUAAGCAUUUAAUUUAGUUAGAGAUUUUGUUGUUAUAUUAGAAAGAUGUAAUAAAUUAAUUCAAAUAAAGAUAUCAGUCACGUCGUAUGUAUUCAAAUAAAUUAUAUUUAAUUGUUGUAUAUAUUUGAAGUAUAAAUAAUAAGAGUUUUACUUGUUUUACAUAGCUUUCAAACAUGUUUUUUUAUUCGCAAUGUGCUAUCAAGCACUUUAAAUAUUUCUCUUAAAUGAUGUAAUUAUUGUAUUAUUAUAAUAAGUAAAUAUCAUUAAAUAUCUACUAUAAUACUUAAAAUAUUAAAAUUUCAAGUUAUAAGUAGUUAAUAAUAUCCGUUUUUACUAAUAAAAAAUAAAGAGACAACAAUAAUAAACAAUACAUUGCUAAUAAUUAUUCAAUAUUUAACAUUGUUAAAAACUAUAAUCGCUACACGCUAAUUGAUAUUUAAAAGUGCUACAUGUUUUAAUUUGAUGUUAUUAUUCUUAAAUUAUGUAUUUAAAACCUGUUUACGGUGUAGAUCCGGCACCAAAGAGAAUCUUUUAAAGCUAAUGGAUUUUCCUGACAAAGUCGAUCAAG